UUUUUCCUGCCAAUUUAUAAUCUUAUUGUAAACAAAAUACAAACCCCUGUCGUCAGGAGUUCAGUGAAAAAGACAGUUUUAAUAAAAACAAAAUAAACAAUUUGCACGAUUUUAUAAAGGUAAUAACGAAAGACUAUUGAACAAAAGGAAAAGACCAUGAAGAUUGCCGAACUCGCUGGAGACGAGGGCACAGAAACGUCGAGGACGUUUGUCUUUUAUGACGAGGGGCACACAUUUGGCAACGUUCUUAGAUGUGUAAUCACAUCAUAUCCAGAAGUGACCUUCUGCGGUUAUACCGUCCCUCACCCUGCGGAGAUGAAGAUGCACCUGCGGAUCCAAACCAACGGCCCGAGGGCGAUAGACAUCUUACAGAAAGGGCUGCAAGAUCUGGACAAAAUGUGUGAUCACACACUGGGCAAGUUUGAUUCGGCAAUGGCAGUGUAUAAUGUUAACAAAAUGUCUAUAAAUUAAAAUAUAUUCUAUGUUUUAAAUUUUAUUUGUCAAUAAGUGUAUGUUCAAAUGUACAA